AUGGAAUCCAAUGCCCAAGUGCUCGUCCGCGUCCUCCUCCUCACCCUUUCCUCGCGCCGCCUCCGUUCUUCGUUGAUCCAAUCCUCGCGCGACAGAGGGCGGCCGCCAUGAUGCACCAUCAGCAACAGCAGCAGGAGCAGUGGCUCGCUGGCGGCGUGGGGGGAUUGCUGCGGCCGACCAAGUCGGCGCCCUGCUCGCCCGUCAAGCCGGCGCCGGCGCCGGCCAUGCUGCGGACCAACUCCGACGCCUUCCACGUCGCCUUCAAGGUCCCCGUCGGCGACACGCCGUACGUGCGCGCCAAGCGCGUCCAGCUGGUGGACAAGGACCCGGAGAAGGCGAUUGCGCUGUUCUGGGCGGCGAUCAACGCCGGGGACCGUGUGGACAGCGCGCUCAAGGACAUGGCCAUCGUGAUGAAGCAGCAGAACCGCGCCGAGGAGGCCAUCGAAGCCGUCAAGUCGCUGCGCAGCCGCUGCUCCGACCAGGCGCAGGAGUCCCUCGACAACAUCCUCCUCGACCUCUACAAGAGGUGCGGGCGGCUGGACGAUCAGAUCUCGCUGCUCAAGCACAAGCUGCAGCUGAUCCACCAGGGCCACGCCUUCAACGGCAAGCGCACCAAGACAGCGCGCUCCCAGGGCCGCAAGUUCCAGGUCACCCUGGAGCAGGAAGCAACCAGGCUCCUUGGCAACCUUGGGUGGGCGCUGAUGCAGAAGGAGAACUACACGGAGGCGGAGGGGGCGUACCGGCGGGCGCUGCUCAUCGGCCCCGACAACAACAAGAUGUGCAACCUGGGGAUCUGCCUUAUGAAGCAGGGCCGAGUGCUGGAGGCCAAGGACGUGCUCAAGCAGGUGCGGCCGGCGGGCGUCGACGGGCUGCGCGGCGCCGACUCACACCUCAAGGCCUACGAGCGCGCGCAGGAGAUGCUCCGGGACCUCGAGAUCAAGCUCGUCGGCCGCCCGGCCUGGGCUACCGCAGGCGACCAGCUCGACAAGAGCUGGCUCUUCGACGCGCUGAUGCUGGGGUCUUCCUCCAGCAUCUGGCAGCCGCAGCCGUGCGUCGAACACCUGCUGCCGCCGCUGCCCCGCGAUCAGUUCGCCGAUGAGAACGCCGUCGGCGCUGCCGCGAGCAAGAAGAUGGCAACGGCGGCGAUGCAGCCCAACCUCAACAUCGACGCCCAGCCGUUCUACUCGCACUCGCUGCGGAUGCCGCCGCUGGCCACCAAGCCACAGAACGCGCAUCGCCAGCAGCCGGCGCAGCAGAAGCCGGUCUCUCAGCUGCACGAUCCGAUGGGUAACCUGAAGAGGACGCGGUCCGGCACCGCCAUGGACAAGGCAGCCACCGCAGCCGUGGAGAAGAAGGAGCAAGACGACAACAAGAAUAACAGCGGCGGCGGCGGCAGGCGGAAGUCGCUCUCCGCCGAGGAAAGAUGGCCCGAGCUGCCGGAUCACAACGCGUUUGAUGAGGCCCUGGUGGCGGCGGUCCUGGCCCCGGUCCUUGCCGACGACGAGAACUACUGCAGUCACAAGCCAGCAGCGGUGCCAACGAGCUGCGACACAAGCCCGGCAGCGGUGAAGGAGAAGGUGGGCAAGAGGCUGAGGAUCUUCCAGGACAUCACACAGACACUCAAUGCUCUCUGACGAUCUGAUUGAUUCGUUUUGUGUUGGUUUUCUUUUCUGCUCUCUGUCACACAACACAACCGAGGAGGCGCUUGAUCGAGGUGAAUGGCGACGCUGCGAAGGAGAUGGGCUUGUUCUCCUGGGAGUUUCUGCAUCGCCGACUAAGUUAAUUAAUCUAGCUAGGGAUCAAUCGUCGAUAGGAGAUACCAUUCGAUUGGGUUUUAGCUUUGCCGCUGAUUCUUUGAUUUGAUUCUUUUCCUUUCUUGACACAGAACCAAAUAACAGCUGAUCAUUCUUUCCAGCUUACACACUUGCCGGGAGUUUGUUCCCUGCAUUGUAACAGAAGUUGCUUAAUUUUAUCUUGCUUCUAAUGGCUUGAAAUAACAAAGUUCCAAGCUUCAUUGUUCCCUG